AUGGGUAAGGUCCACGGAUCUCUCGCGCGUGCCGGAAAGGUCAAGUCGCAGACUCCUAAGGUUGAGCCGCAGGAGAAGAAGAAGUCCCCCAAGGGCCGUGCUAAGAAGCGCGCUCAGUACACCCGCCGCUUCGUCAACGUCACCCUCACUCCUGGUGGCAAGCGUUCCAUGAACGCCCAGCCCGCUGGCAAGUCGGGUUAA